AUGGGCACCUCGCGCGGCCAUCCGCAUCAAAGCUCGGCCCAGAGCAAGACGACCAAGCGGCUCUCGUAUCCGUUGCAAGGAUCAGUGCCGGCUGUGUCCAUGCCGCUCUCGCCGGAGACCUGGCAUGCGUCGUCGGGUCCGGUGUGGCCAUCGGUUGGUGCGCCCUCGGUCCCGCCGCAGCCGUCCGGCAGCGACAUCUCGUCGGCCACGCCCUCACACCCACUCGCCGGCUACCCGUGGUUCCAUCCGUCGAUCACCUCGCGCGCCGCCACCGAAGCCGCCCUCCUCCGCCACCCCGUUGGCACCUUCCUUGUCCGUGAGUCGUCGUCGGAGCCGGGCUCGUACGUCGUCGGCGUUGUAACGGCCCGGGGUGUUGUCCAGUACAAGCUUUCGUACGACCCAAGAUCUGGCCACUUUGUCCAGGAAGGCAUCCCCGGCUCCUUCCCAUCCAUCCCAGAUCUCAUCAACGCCUACAAGGAGAGCCUCUGCAUCCCGUACUGCCCGUGA